AACACUAACAUGACUGUGUCCUGGAAAUCAUGGUCCAACCUCUUCUACAUCUGUUUAUUACUGUUUGCAGCUGAAGCGCUGGCUCAAGAUUUCCAUCUGGCGCCGGUGAAUUUAACAGUGCUGCAGGGCACUAGUGCGCAGUUCAGAGCCAACGUGGCGGGAAAAUGGGAAGUCAUGACCUGGACCGUCGGAAAGCUUCUGGUUCUCACUGUCUCACUUCCCAACGGUAACUCAACCUCAUUCCCAGGACAGUACUCCAGCAGAUUGUGCUCCAGUGCUGACACCAGCUGUGUGGAAUUCAUCAUCCAUAACGUGAACCGCAAUCAGUCCGGGUCGGUCGUCUGCGCUGUGCAGGGGGAUUAUGGACAAAGGACUGCGCAACUUAAUGUUCAAGAGAGUGGUACAGUCAGCAUCAUGGGAGGGAACCUGACCGUGGAACAGGACCAGCAGGUGGAGUUCCAGUGUGUAGCAACUGCUUGGUUCCCCAUACCCACCGUAAGCUGGAACCAAAAUGGCCAAGCUGUAAACAGCAGCCUGUACAACACCACCAGCAUGGCCGAUGGGGAUUCCAUCAACUCCACCAGCGUCCUCAAGUUCCAGGCAGUCAGCAACACCACAGUGGAGUGUCAGGCAACUGUGUCAGAACUAAAAGACCCACAAUCCAGCUCUGUCUUCUUGGUGGUUGUUCCCAAGCCUCCUGACUGGACUGUGCUGAUCGCUGUGGUCGUGUCUUUUGGAAGUUUUGCUCUGCUGGUUUUACUCAUCAUUGGAAUCAUCUUCUGCUACAAACGCAGGAAAGAAAAACAAACCAACUACCAAGAUGAAAUGAGCAAGAGAGUGAGGACACAGAGCCAGAGUGUUGCCAGUGCAGCUGGACAGAAACAGGGUCAAGUGAACGCAGGAUAUUUGGCGGACGGUCGAACAAGUGUCGCUCCCAGUGAGCUCACUGACAGCGGCUUUGGCCAGGUAAAUGGCUCCAGUAGUUAUGAGAUGCCUGAUGUUGUGAACAGUAACCAGGCAGGAAAUGGCUACAAUAGCACCUACAACACUGUGGAUGACUCAGGCUUCAGGAAACACAGACAUGUCACCAUUGUGUAAAGACACACAGACCACAAAUUACAAACUUGCACAGCAGCCUGAAGCCUAACUACCUUGGGCUCUAAAGAUAAGAGAAAGGUGGGAAGACGGACCGAAUCUGCCCAAACCAGAGACUGAUGAGCUGGAUAAUAUGUCGAAGCUGGAUGUAGAGGAGAAAACCAACAUUCAUGUUAUUCUCUGCCUGUAUAAAGUUGAUUCAAAACUUUAGAAAGUAUAUCAAAAAUGCAUUUAUAUUGCAAAACGUCUUGACUGAAAGUGCUUUCAGUUAAAACAAAGCAGCACCAUGAGAGGCCAAAUGAGCGCAAUGAACAAAUGAAUGGCAAACAA